GAAGUGAACCAGCUUCGUAGUACCGAAAACCCAGAGUUAACCCUGAAGUUACCUCGAUAACCACAAAUCCUGCUUCGUACUACAGACCUCUGGAAGUGAAUGUGAGUCGAUGUGACGUCGUCUCAGUGAUGGAAACACAACGAGCUGGUUGAUGUUCAGUAACUGAAUCCUUCCUCCUCUCUGACUGACUCACGACAUCAUCACGACUUUGUUUAUCUAACGACAUCAUCACAUCGCUGCUCUGACUCUCAGAUGUGGAGGACAGAUGUGGAGGACAGAUGUGGAGGACAGAUGUGGAGGACAUGGUGGGACCUGAACACUGAAGGGACGGACGGAGACGGAGGAGGAAGCAGAGCGACGGAGAGAUGAAGCAGUGACAGGAUGAACCAUUGCUUCGUCGGCAACGACUCCUCCUCCGAGGAGACCCAGGUGGCGUGUUUCCACGACGACGAUGCGUUCAAGUACCGCGCCUACACCUUCACCUACCUGCCGCUGUUCCCCGUGGCGUUCCUCUGCAACAUCGGAGCGCUGGUCGUCUUCUUCCUGCAGAGAGGACGCAGCUCCGCCUCCUGCGUGGUCAUGAUGAACCUCGCCCUAUCAGACGGCAGCUUCUCCCUCACCCUGCCGCUGCGGUUGGCUUAUUACUUCCGGGGCGGAGUCUGGGACUUCCCUGAUUGGCUGUGCCGACUGUGCGUCUACGGCUUCUACGUCAACCUGUACACCAGCAUCCUCUUCCUCACGCUACUGAGCGUGCUCCGUUGGCUCGCCGUAAACCAUCCGCUCCGUCACCGCACUCUGGUCACGCCCACUCGAACCCUAUUGGUCUGUCUGGGCGUCUGGCUGUUUGUGGGCGUGUCCUCCAUCCCCUUCCUGUACCAGGGGGUGAAGACGAGGGAUGGGUGUCCUCGAUGCUUCGAGCCGUCCAGCUCGUCCAAUUGGGGGCGUGUCCUGAUCUUAAACUACGUGGCGUUGGCUCUCGGCUUCCUCCUCCCUUUCGUCACAAUCAUCGUUUGCUACAGCAGGAUCGUGCGACGCCUGAAGGCCCGCUUCGGCCUCCACGGCAGCAGUCGAUCCGACACUCGCCGUCGCGACAGACGGCGCUCGAUGAACCUGGUCGCCAUGGUGACGGCGACCUUCCUGCUCUGCUUUCUGCCCUAUCACGUGAUACGGUCUCUGCAUCUGCACGCCGUGUGCGGCGGCUGGGACUGCGGCGUCACGCAGGCGCUGCAGCGGGCGGUGGUGGUGACGCUGUGUCUGGCGGCGUCCAACAGCGUGGUCAACCCGCUGCUGUACUACUACUCCACCAGGACGUUCAGAGACAACAUGAGGGAGGCUCAGUCCUCUCUGAUGGCCAGCAGGAGGGGGUCCGGACUGGCUCUAAAGAGGAGAAGGAGCACCGCCUGAGGGACCUGGAGGGUCAUCAGAGGCCCAAUCCCAAUGUCCCCCCUGAAGCCUAAAUGGACUUAGCGGGAACGCGCCUCAAAGUCCAUGAGUGUGGAUAUCUGUCCCUAUCAGCUCUGCGGCUGGAUCCGUCAAAAAACUCCUUCCUUACUUCCUUUUCCUAAAUCCUUCUGCUUCACGUUGAUGGAACACAUCAAGGAUUAUUUAAUUGUGGUCUUUAUAGAAUCUUUUGUUUUAUUUAUUUCAAUGAAAAUACAUAUUUAUAACAUUCUUCUGUAAAUUAAAGUGUCACCUUUGCGACCUAAAAUAGAAGGUAAGGUCGCAGAAGGUCGUAGAAAAUAAAUUGGGUGAAAGAAUGAGACUGAAAUCACCGGCAGCUCUGAAGACAGUGGCUAUUAAGAAGGGUCCAACAGUCGGCAAGGAGGUUCCAGGUGUUGGGGAGUCCAGAGGUUGUUGAGGACUCCAGGGAUUGUUGGGGAGUCCAGGGAGUUUUGGGGAGUCCAGGGCUUGUUGGGGAGUCCAGGGAGUUUUGGGGAGUCCAGGGCUUGUUGGGGAGUCCAGGGAUUGUUGGGGAAUUUUGGGGUUGUUGAGGUAUACAGGGGUUGUUGGGGAGUCUUUGGAUUGUUGGGGAGUCCAGGGUUUGUUGGGGAGUCCAGGGAUUGUUGGGAAGUCCAAGGGUUGUUGGGGAGUCCAGGGGUUGUUGGGGAGUCUAGUUGUUGUUGGGGAGUCCAGGUGUUGUUGUUGAGUCCAGGUGUUGUUGAGGACUCCAGGGAGUUUUGGGGAGUCUUUUGAUUGUUGGGGAGUCCAGGGAGUUUUGGGGAGUCUUUGGAUUGUUGGGGAGUCCAGAGUUUGUUGGGGAGUCCAGGGAUUGUUGGGAAGUCCAAGGGUUGUUGGGGAGUCCAGGGUUUGUUGGGGAGUCCAGGGAUUGUUGGGAAGUCCAAGGGUUGUUGGGGAGUCCAGGGAUUGUUGGGAAGUCCAAGGGUUGUUGGGGAGUCCAGGGUUUGUUGGGGAGUCCAGGGAUUGUUGGGGAGUCCAGGGAUUGUUGAGGAGUCAAGGGAUUGUUGAGGAGUCAAGGGAUUGUUGGGGAGUCUAGUUGUUGUUAGGGAGUCCAGGUGUUGUUGUUGAGUCCAGGUGUUGUUGAGGACUCCAGGGAGUUUUGGGGAGUCUUUUGAUUGUUGGGGAGUCCAGGGAGUUUUGGGGAGUCUUUGGAUUGUUGGGGAGUCCAGAGUUUGUUGGGGAGUCCAGGGAUUGUUGGGAAGUCCAAGGGUUGUUGGGGAGUCCAGGGUUUGUUGGGGAGUCCAGGGAUUGUUGGGAAGUCCAAGGGUUGUUGGGGAGUCCAGGGAUUGUUGGGAAGUCCAAGGGUUGUUGGGGAGUCCAGGGUUUGUUGGGGAGUCCAGGGAUUGUUGGGGAGUCCAGGGAUUGUUGAGGAGUCAAGGGAUUGUUGAGGAGUCAAGGGAUUGUUGGGGAGUCUAGUUGUUGUUGGGGAGUCCAGGUGUUGUUGUUGAGUCCAGGUGUUGUUGAGGACUCCAGGGAUUGUUGGGGAGUCUUUGGAUUGUUGUGGAUUCCAUGGAGUAUUGGGGAGUCCAGGGGUUGUUUAGGAGGAUCCAGUUGUUGUUUAGGAGGAUCCAGUUGUUGUUUAGGAGGGUCCAGUUGUUGUUUAGGAGGGUCCAGUUGUUGUUUAGGAGGGUCCAGUUGUUGUUUAGGAGGGUCCAGAUGUUGUUUAGGAGGAAGUUCCUGUUAUAUAAACUACACUUAAAACUGCAUUCGGUCAAUUUGAGCAAAUAUUAUAACUUUUUAUUAUAUUUGGUCAAACACAGGGACACAGGAGAAAAUGUCUUAUUUUAUUUCACUGUGGUGAAGUUAGUUAGUGGACAUCUUGGACACGUGUCUCUAAAUGUCUCUAAAUGUCUCUAAAUAUGUGUCUCCAUCACCUGUUGAGUAACGGCGCCCUCUGCAGGGUUUCACACUGAGAAGCUACCUGUCAGGUGUUUCUGACUGAAAGUACGCCGCUGAUAUUCUCUGUUUCUCUUCAUGUUCAGACUCAAACCAACAGUCUUAUUAUACACUGUAUAUGAAGGAUUCAUCCGCCGCUGAAAAUAGUCCCCAACAAGUCCCUAUUUCCUCCUGUUUGAUAAAAACUACAGCGAGAUGAAACUACUGUAUAUAUCUGUUUUUAAAGAUUAACGUCGGACCAACACAUCGUUGGUUUGGGUCUAUACAUGGUGUGUGUGUGUGUGUGUGUGUGUGUGUGUGUGUGUGUGUGGUUAUUAAUAAUUGUUUUAUAAACUUGUUUCCAGUGAAGAAUCUUUGUUUACAUGUUUGAUUAAUCGGUAAUAAAUUAAACUCAAUAUAAGAAGUUUCAGUCAC